UCGGAGGCGGGGUGUCCGGGCUGGGUUUCCUGGGCGACCGCCGCCGGCUGGACCGCUGGCCGAGUGCGCGGGCUUUGCAGGCAUGGGGGCCCCUCCAGGCCUGCAGGCCGAUUGCGAGGAGCUGCUCAGCCGCUUCCAGGAGACGGACAGCGUGCGCUUCGAGGACUUCUCGGCGCUCUGGAGGAGCAUGAAGUUUGGGACCAUCUUCUGUGGCAAAAUGAGAAAUUUAGAAAAGAACACAUUUACAAAAGAAGCUUUAGCUUUGGCUUGGCGAUAUUUUUUACCUCCAUACGCCUUCCAGAUCCGAGUUGGUGCUUUGUAUCUGCUGUAUGGAUUAUAUAACACCCAACUGUGUCAACCAAAACAAAAGAUUAGAGUUGCCCUGAGGGACUGGGAUGAAAUUUUAAAAUUUCAACAAGAUUUGAUAAAUUCGGAACAUUUUGAUGUAGCCUAUAUUUUUAGGAAGCUACGACUAGACAAAGCAUUUCACUUUACAGCAAUGCCCAAAUUGCUGUCAUUUAGAAUGAAGAAAAAAGUUCAGCGAACUCCAGUUACGGAAGAAUUUAAGGAACCAAAUGAUCGUGUAAUGAAACUUAUCACUUCUGAUGUAUUAGAGGAAAUGCUAAAUGUUCAUGAUCUUUAUCAGAACAUGAAACAUGUAAUUUCAGCCGAUAAGUCCAAUCCAAACAAAACCCUCAGCUUGGUAAAGGAUGAUUUCUUUGAUAAUAUUAAGACCAUAAUUUUGGAGCAUCAGCAGUGGCACAAAGACAGGAAGAAUCCAUCCUUAAAAUUGAAAGGUAAAGAUGAAGAAGAAAAGAGGGAAGGAAAUUCACAAGAAUCAGAGUCGUGUGAAAGGGCAGCAUCAUUAGCAAAAAUAAAAUCAAAGGCCUUUGCAGUUGUUGUUCAGGCUUCCAAGUCAAGAAGGCAUCGCCAAGUCAGACUUGACUCUUCUGACUCUGAUUCUGCCUCUGGUCAAGCAACCAGGGAAAAAAGAAACAAACAAACAUUGAAAUCCGCUGGAAGGAAGAAGUCUUCCAGAAAAAGAGAUGACAAGCAGAAUGUACAUAAGGAAGAUAGAUGUUUGAGUCUGAGUAUGCCUGUUAUUACAGAGGAGGAUGAGGAGAACGGAAGUCAGAGUGAAACAGAGGUCACGUCACUCAAGAGGAAAAGAAAACCCAGAACAAAGAGGCUGGUGUAGUUCAAUUUUGAGCUUUCUGACAGGAGAGUUACAUUCUGUGUAUGGAACAGGAAGACUGCCACUAUUAAAGACGAUCCUUCUGGGAAACUGUAGGUGAUACCUUUGACAUGGCAAUACUUUAAUGUAGUUCCAGAACCAAAAGACACAUACUGAGAGUAAGAACUUACUCAAAUUUAUUUUCAAAAUGUUCUUUUAUGAAAUCUGUGUAAGGAGAGAAAAUUUUGAUUUAUAAUAUAAUAGUGUAAUCCUGUUAUUUGCAGAUUUUUAAUAUUUCCUAUAGCUUUUGUGUUAUUACACUAUGUUAGUACAGUUUUGGUAAUAUUAUAUUUAAAAUCUUUUUUUUCUUGAAUUAUUAAUGUUAAUUGCAUGUAAAUGGCUAAUUGUUUUGUAUCUACACUCUGGUAAUGGAUUUAUUUUGUAUAUUGUAUGGUUAAGCGCACUAAAGUUUUUGCCUUAUUUGCUUUAGUUUUUAAUAUAUGAAACUUAUGUGGUCAGUAACUUAUGUGAUUGAUAUCUUAGGAAGUUCAGUUUCUGCUGUGAUCAAUUAAAUAUUUUUUGGUGCUUGUUUUAAAGCUCCCUGUGGCCUAACAUUUAUGUAUGUUUAUAUAUGUAUAGAUAUACGUAUGUGUUUA